CUGGCAUCAGCUUUAAGUCACCGCACCCUACGAACGGUCCGAACAAGCUCGUUUAGGAGUGGGCGCAGCAGACGCUGAGAGCUCAGGAUGUCUAAAGAAGAAAAUGCAAAUGAGGUUAAAGACGAACCCCGAAGUCCUGAAAUGUUUGACCCUGAUGACCCGGAGUGUCAAAGACAGAUGUGGAGACCUCCUGAUAUACAGCAGGAUGUGCAAGAAAUGGAGAGACGGAAACGAGUCGAAAUAAUCAUGAACAGUCAAGUAUUUCGUGAAGAACUGGAGCGUAUAAUUGAGUCUCAAAUGAGCGAGGGACAUGCACAAGCUAAUUUGGCUGCCCUACAACAAGUAACAGAGCUGCUACUGCCACAUACUUCUCGCACAAAUAGCUCAACUGUUAGGUCUGGUGUCUGUGUUAUUCCUAUAAAUGACAUCCGUGGAAUUGAUGGCCUACGGUAUGCAAAAGGAGAAAAAGUACAGCGAGCUAAACUGGCUGCAGUAUACAGGUUAAUUGAUCUAUAUGGAUGGGCAGAGAGCAUGUUCAACAAUAUUACCGUUCGUGUAAGUCAAGAUCAAGAACAUUUUCUGUUACAUCCGUAUGGAUUGCAAUACCAUGAAAUCACUGCAUCUUCAUUAUUGAAAGUAGACAUGCAAGGCAAUGUAAUUGACCCUGGCACCACAAACUAUACUUUCAGCCGUGCAGCCUUUGCUCUUCAUUCAGCUAUACAUGCAGCUAGGCCUGAUUUGAAAUGUAUUAUUCAAGUCCACCAUCCUCCCUGUAUAGCUGUUUCUGCUACUAAAUGUGGACUAUUGCCUAUUAGUCAAGAAGCAGCAAUCCUUGGUGAAAUUAGUUAUUGUGAUUUCCAUGGCGUGCCAUCAGAUCAGACCGACCGGGAGCUAAUUGCUCGUAGUUUGGGACCAGUAAAUAAGGUUCUGAUUUUACGUAACCGAGGUAUUCUGAUAUGUGGAGAAUCUAUAGAGGAAGCUGUAUUUAUGUUGCAUAAAGCUGUUGCUGCAUGUGAAACUCAGGUGAGGUUGAUGCCAAUUGGUAUUGAUAAUAUACAGUUAAUGUCUGAGGAAGCCAUAAAACACGAAAGAGAAAUUGUUACUUCUGGAGGUUAUCCUCCUGAAUUGAAAGACAGUGAGCCACCUGGUGGUGAUGAAGACAAAGAGAGAGCAGAACCAAAGGAAAAACAAAAAAAGUGGAGAGUUUGGGAUUUGGAAUUUGAAGCACUUAUGCGAAUGCUAGACAAUGCUGGUUUUCGAACUGGUUACACUUUCAAACAGCCAAUGGUUCGUACUGAUCAAGUUCGGCAGAAAAGUGAAGUUGAAGUACCACCAUCAGCUUCAUCCUAUGCCCAAUAUUUUGGUGAAGACAAGUGGCUGAGUCCCUUAAAGAAACUGGUAGAAGGCCGAAAAACUCAAGACAAGCUGCGUUGGGUGAAUUCUCCAAAUGUUUAUCAAAAAGUAGAAGUUCUUGAAACUGGAACUCCUGAUCCCAAAAAAAUAACUAAGUGGGUACAGGAGGGUUCACCUUCGCACAGUACAGCUAUCAAAAUUCAGACUCCACAUCAGUUCAUUCCCAAAUCUAGUGACAUUGGAGAAUUUAAACGCAAACAGAAGGAGUUGAAAGAAAAUAGAAUGAAGGCAAAAGUAACAGCUGGUCCUCAGUCCAAUCUUUUAGAAGGUGUUACGUGGGAAGAAAUACGAAAAAUGCAGGAUGCCAUGGUAAAUGCUGCUGGGGACCAAGUUGUUUUAGUUGGUGCUGCAUCCAAAGGUAUUAUUCAGCGAGAGUUCCAGCACAAUGCAAUGGUAUAUAAGAGUGCCUAUUCCAAGAAUCCAUUUGACAAUAUCACUGAGGAAGAUUUAGAAGAAUACAAAAAAAUUGUUGAAAGGAAGCAACGGGGAGAAUCAAUUGAAGAAGAUGUUCCAGAUGACAUUAAACCACUCCUUGUGGAACCAGUAGCACAACCUCAGAAAUCUCAGCAAGCUUCUCCGCCCAAAUCAAGAUCACCUCCACCUUCUCCAGCUUCUCCAUAUGCUGCCAAGAGUAAAGAUUCAGAAAAUGUGGCAGUUCAGAGAGCUCUUUCAUCCCGUAUUGCUGAGCAAGAACCUUUAGAAAAGAAACCAAACUUCUUCAAACGCACAUUUUCUGAAAGGCUAUCUAAGACAAAAUCUGCACAGGUAGUAAAUGGGCAAAAAAUGCGGUCGCUUGAAAGUGGUGAUGUAUCCAUAACUUCACAAAGUAGUAAAGAGGGAUCUCCAACAAAAGAUCUAAGUGAAGGUUCCCCCAAACGAGAAAAAGAAAAGGAAAAGAAGAAGAAAGGUGGCAUUAAAGCUCCAUCCUUUUUGAAAUCAAAGAAAAAGCACAAAAAGGAGAAAGAAAAAGAAAAGGAAAAGAAAGAAAAAGGAGCCACAGAGAUGUAA